AUGCACGACAGCCUUCCACCUUUAUCCCAAGAUGCCUUAAACCUACUAUUCCACUCAGUCCCCAUCCUCAUAGACCCCGGCUACUCGACAGGCUCCUCCGCGUACAUAUUCAAGUUCUUCAGAUGCCACGACUCCAAGUGCGGUUUCGCUCAGAGGCACCGCGUCAGAUUGAAAUUCCCGCUCCCGAGGACCACGACAAGAUGCACCCACCUCCGCUGUAUACUACGUGCACUACGCUGCCAGAGCUCAUUCGCUUCACCAGAACGAAGCAAGGCUUCGUGGGGAUGGAUCGCCACCGGCAACUGCAUACCUCUCGAGAAUCUGGAAAUCCUACCAGGCCAGGAACCCCUCAUCGACUUUGAAAGGCUCUCCGCUCUCCGCGACGUGGCACUGCUGUUCUUCUGGCUAGGAGCGAGCACAGUCUCCGUGUUCUGCUUCCGAAUCAUCUUGCCUCUCUACAAUGUCUAUGUGCUUCCGUGGAAGGAUCGGCUUGACGGCUUGCAUGCCUACACACAGCAGCAGAAGAGAUCGCAUGGCUGGUUGGGCUUUACGAAGGUCCAUUUGCGGUGUGCGACUUUGGUCUUCUCGGCGCUACUUGCGGUCGCUUCGUUUUUCCUACACACCUAUUGCGACGAUGAGGCGCUGCGGGAAGAGGUGGAUACCUACGUUGGAGUGAUGUGCGUGACCGUGGGCAUUGUUGGCUAUUUGGUGUGGAAGCCGAAUAGAUGA